AUGGAACCUCUGUGAGUUCGCAUUAUCACAUUUGAUUAUAUUAUCUUCGAUUCUAUGGCAACAUUCAAAUCUGAUAAUAUAUGCGCUCUACAUCAACUUCCAUGCUUUUUAUCUCCAACUCCUCCUUUAACUUUACUCUUUAGCCCUUCAAUGACGCCUCUGAAUUUAAAAAGUUCCAGUAGUUGUUAUCCCUUUCCUGAAUUUCGCGUGCUGUUCCACUCAUUUAACUGAUAUUUCUAUUUAUGGUUAGAAUUGAUUCUACAAUCAUUCCAUUGUUACUCGAAAAUACGGUCAAGAUGGAAGGAGGCGCCGGAUUUCGUCGAACUCAGUCUCUCCGUUAUCCAAAAGGUAGGUGAAGGUGUCUAAAGAGGACCUCAUAUACUACUUCUCAUUUCCACAACUUAUCGGAAGCACAUUAACAACUCCAUUUCUGCUUUAGAAAACUCACUGCAAUUAUAAAGACAUGAUUAAACUUCCAGUUAUGACUUAAUGUAACUCUCAUUUUAGGCAGUCCAGUCAGCAACGGACUUACCCGGAGGGGAUCGCGUGCCUACAGAAGUCGGAGUACUCGAAAAAGUAAGUAACAUUUCCAAAAGAGCAAUCCAAUUGCAUGACAACAUUAUUUUUUUUUAAAUGUUUUGUAGCCUUGUUUCUCUGCAAUUUUAUGGCAAGAGACGAGGCUGUAAAUGGAAUGGAAACGUCACAAAAAAAAGUUAAAUUUAAAUAGGGAAUUUGAUGACAUUUUUGGAUUCUUCUAAUUAUGGUAUUAUUGCUUCAAACACUUUUUUCAAAAAAUAUAAGUCUCCAAAAAAUGCUUGAGCAACAUUAGGUUUGUAGGAGGAAACUUAUUUUAAUAAGUUUUAAAGCCAAAACCCAUUUGAAACACGAUAGAUUGAGCCGAAUCGCCUAAUUAGGUCUUCGAAUAUCCUAGCCGAGUACGUUCAAUGUGCAAUAUAUGUAUGUAAUAUCAUUAGCACCCCAAUCCCGAAUAGCGACGGGCCUUUUCUAUGACCGGCAACACAAUGGAAUUGGCCUACCCAUUCUUUGUUGGCUCCCGCUCCGUCUGUAAUUUUAUUAACCAUGGUUCAAACUUUUGGCAUCUGUCCAGAAAUCUUUUAAAGUAAUUUUGAUCUUAACAAUUUGCUGGAAAAUGAUACAAAAAUCCGAUAAAAAAUUAAAGAAUCGUUCUUUUGUCUAGCACACGAAAUCAUUUUUUUUAGUUUUUGAGCCCAAUUCCUCGUUAGCUCGACUAACUUCAAAUCAAAAACAAGCUCUUCAACAUUCCUGGAAGAUUCUGAAGACCCAGAUUCCCCAAUUAUCCCGUAGGAUCUUCCAAGAGUUGGAGAUUGUAUGCCCUAAAGUUAAAGAUGUAAGUAUAACACCAGCCACAAUUACAAUAUAAUCGAUGCAGAUAUUCUACAAAGCCGCUCUGGUCGACUGCUUUGUAAACAAAGAACCGGGAACCCAAGGCACGUUGGACGAGCAUGUAAAAUAUUUUGUAAAGUAGGUCAUAGUAUUUUACUUAGACCAUUGCAUUAAUUUCAGAUUUUUUGAUGACAUUGUGGUGAACAUCGAUUGCGAAGCUGCAGUCACAGCAAUGGUACGAAGAUGCGGACAAUCUCAUGCCAUUCUCAAUCAAAGUUGCGGAUUUCAUUCGGACAUCUGGGAGAAACUCGGGGAAAUCUGCAUGGAAAAAGUCUGCUCUUCCGAUGCGGUUACGGUAAGUGGAGACUUAUUUGGGGCUUCGGUAGUUCAGCCCCCCACGAAAGGUAGUUCAAACCCCCACUGUUUUGCCCGUUUCACACCCCACAUAAUGAACAAAUUAGAAUAAUACAAAAAAUGUAAGUGGGGGUUUGAUCUACUACGUUGGGGGUUUGAUCUAAAACGUAGGGGGCUUGACCUAAAACGUAGGGGGCUUUUUCUAAAACGGAGGGGGCUUCAUCUAAAACGUAGGUGGCUUGAUCUAAACGUAGGGGGCUUCAUCUAAAACGUAGGGGGCUUGUGCUGGACCAUACAACUUGGAUUAAUUCUUUGAAAUAAAUUUUGGGGUUCAGAAUGGACGAGGGGGGGGGGUUGUACUGGGUCAUGGGGGGCUAAACUGGACUGGGGGGCUGUACUACCUUAGCCCCACUUAUUUUUACGCCGAUUUUUUUUUCUUGAAAAACUAUUUUUGUGAGCUGCGCCCGAGCUUGGUGAAAAUUUAUUGCCAUUUUAUACUUUUACCUUCCCACGAUUUGUUACAACUGGUUUGCUGUCUGCCGAUCAAAAAAUGAAAAUUUUCAGAAAACCCGAGAAGCCGGCCGUGCCUGGCGCACCUUGAUCGCCUUCCUGACCGACGAAUUGAGGUGUUCUUUUGAUGGAGAAGCUAAGAUCUACUCAAGGUGGGUGCCUUAUUUCUACCAAGACAUUAUUUAUACUACUAGCCUUCUAUUAUGCACUUGAUUUGUUUAUAGCAAUAUCAUUUAAGACGCUCUUCCCUCGAACAACAAUCGAAUCGACAAUCCCCCAACUUGGAAGCCCAUGGAGAAGAACUAACUGAACGACUACGAGAAAUGAGAAUAGACUACCAAAAUGGAUACUGA